CCAAUUUUCUACUCAUUGGGAUAUUACAAAUAUAUUAUUUUUAUUUAUUACUUCUUUUUGUCGUAAUAUCUUAUUAUCACUUGUAAAUGUUCAAUUUGUAACUUUUCCAUGUUUUAGAUAGAAUGAAACUUAAACUUAAAAACCAGUAAGAAUGAUUAUUAUCGUUUAGCUUAUUAUAUUUUAACACUGCCACUUUUAAAAUUAAUAAGUUUAUCAGGAACCAUUUAUUUCAGACAUCCAAAGGGUGCUUUCACCUUCCAAAUAGGGGGUAAAGUGUUUGUGACUUCAGCAUCUAAACUGUAGUGUAACCACUUAUUAACAAUUGGUCAGUUCAGUUUUUGAAAUGUGAUUCUUAAAAUCAAGGUUGUAUUUAUAUACAUGUAUGUCGUUUUUAAUUGUCUGUUUUCAUUUUACUACAAAAUUUACUAGCAUUAUUAGCUUAUCGUCAUCAACUCGAUCACCAAGGGUUCUAUGUUUUCUUCGUUGAGCUUAGGGAAAUAAAACUUUUAUCUUCUGUUGUUCAGUUAUGUGAAGAGAAUCAAAUGCUCAUAGUUGUGGUUAAACAAAGUGCUCAACCUACUUAGCUUUAUUGUCACGUCAUUAUGGAGGCCUCAGGAGAGUUCUGCGUUUACGAGGUAAAACCUGGAGAUUCACUGUCGGCUAUCGCUGCCCAGUUGGGUUUUGUAACCCCUACUCAGAUUGCUAGAGCCAAUCAUUUACCCCUCAUGAGUUAUGGCCUCCCUCCCGUUUUUCCUGGUCAACGUUUAAUUAUUCCAACAGCUGCACGUGCGAAUUGCAGUUCAACUAAAAUAAAGCAUCUUCCUGGUGUUGCGUUGCGCAUAGAAGAUAUGGAUAAGCAAAAUGUCGAUACUACAAGUAGUGGAUUUCUAGCUGUUCAACCCUUCUUUUAUACAACACGUGUUUUGAAUCCUAAUAAGUCCUAUCCCAUUGAUGAUGAUGCCCUGGAACGCCAAUUUGUUAAAGUGAAUGCCUUUCGUGUUCUAGAAAGUCUUGAUAAUUUGAUAGAUGGUGUUUUGCUGGUCACACCUGAAUCUUUGUGUUUCGACGCAAGUCAAACUGCAGUAGCUCAAAAACAGGCUUACAUUGCUUCUCAUUCUGAAUUAUCUUCAAGUGAUUAUAACAUUGAUGCUACUCAUAACAAAAUGAUUGAAUCGCAUCAUGACUCUGACAAUAAAUCAUCUACCUGCCAUGCUAAUAAUGUUGAAUUUUCUUGUUGCCAUAUUCCUCAAGAACUACUAAAUUUAGGAUUAUGCAUUCCAUUAGAUUCAAUCAUUGCCAUGAAAACGCUUGUUGAAAACGAUGUUAUACAUAUUUUAAAGUCCGAAUGUAAUGAUAAAAUAAAUUCAUUAUCCAACUCAACUUUGCAAAAUGAAAAGACAGAAGAACAUGUCAAUGUACAAAGUACAAAUGAAAAUACGAAGUCAACUGAUGAAAAUACUGAUAAUCAGCGAAAUGAUCCCAAUUUAUCCAGUAAUAUUGAUAAGGAACAGCUUGACGAAACUAGUAAAUCAAUUAUAAACGAUAAUUCCGUUGGUCUCUCCGAUAGCACUUAUGCUGUCAAUAUUGAUGAACAGUUGAAAACUCCUGAAAUUCCCUUUGAAAUCGAGACAACUUUGUCAACAUCAUCAUCAGUAUCAUCAUCACCGCACCAACUACCAACAACAUCUUUAGAAACAUUGAGUACAUCUGUGAGUCAAUUAUUACAAAAAGAAAAUAACAGUGAAGACAAAAAUGUAACUAACGUUACAAACGAUUUAUAUUUGAGAAUCACUCUAAUUGGAGAUAUAACUCAUAUAUUUCGUCUUGCUGUUGAUCGCCUCACUCAAGUCUACAGUUUUCUUUUACGUGCUGGUGUAGGCAGUUUAGACAAGCAUAUAGAAGUUAACAAUCAUUCUGAACAGGUCGUUAUUGAAAAUUCUGAUAAAGGACAGGCGUUAGAUUCUGAUUCUACAGUAUGUCAUCGUCGUAGUUUAAUUGAAGAAAUGUUAGAAAGUCUGGAACAAUCUAUUCAUGUACCAAUACUCAAUGGUGGUGAAAGCAGAAUAUUAACUAAUGACAUGCUAGUAGAUCUUAGUGUUAACUUUCCUGCAUAUUGGAGUAGUUCUAACUUAAAUUCUAUCUACAAAUCUGAAGAUGAUGGCUAUUGUUUAAACACAGUGUACAGAAAGUGUAAAGAUGUUGAAGGUAGUGUUUUAUUGCUUAUACGUGAUACAAUGGGCGUUGUAUUUGGUGCAGUUAUGUCGGAAACAAUGAAAUGUAGUAAACAUUUUUAUGGGACUGGUGAAACAUUUGUCUUUCAUUGGAAACCAACAUUUAAAAAAUAUUGUUGGACUAAGAAGAAUUAUUUUUUCAUGCGAGGAUCUCUUCAUUCAUUUCAUAUUGGCGGUCAAAGCGGACGAAAUGCAAUAUGGUUUGAUGAAUCAUUAAAAUAUGGUUGUAGUGAACCGACCGACACAUUUGACAAUCCUGUACUCAGUGGAAAUUUACCAGAUAUACAAUUCUCUUCUUUAUCAUUGAAUAAAUCUGAUAAAAAUGAGAAUGUUUUAAUAGAAAACAAUAUUAAUAAUGUACAUGUUAAUUCUAAUCCAUUAAAUCCAACGAUAAAAUCUUCAUCUACAGUAUGUGAUAGUGUUUCAUUCAUAAUUGAUACAUUUGAAUUGUGGCAAUUAAUCAGUUGUUAGUGUGAUAAAGUUUUACAUAUUUUAUUGUAUUUGAUCUAUCUAUGAUUUCUUGUUAUUAACUUAUUACAAAUCCAUGUUUGUUAAAUUGUAUGACAACUAUGUUAGUAUCCUUUUAUUUUUAUGACAUAUUGUAUGUAUAUGAAUGCUAAAUUGUGUAAUAAGGAUAGAAAUUGUCAAUCUUUUCUUUUUCCUUAGAUUAUGUUUGAUUGACUUGAUUGCAUUAUUAUUACUAUUAUUGUUAUGAGUUAAAGGAUCUAUGAUUUCAGCUUGAAAAUAAUAUGUUUACAGGCAGUAAUUAAUAGAUUGAAAUGAUUUCUCUCUUUUGUUUCGUCAUGUCAUUCCAUUAAUUGAUCAGUGUGCUUUGUUUCCUUUUUUUUGUAAAAUAGUUUCUAUUGUUUUUCGUUUACUAAAAUAUGAAUAAACAAAAGUAUCACACUUGCUUUUGUGUCAUUAUCCACAAUUAUUUCACUUCAUACCUACAAUAUAAUA